UAUACACUACUAAUCCUUCUAAGGUGGACACUGAUUUUUCUGGUCAUGUCCAUGGAUGUCACCUUCCUGGGGACUGGAUCUGCCUAUCCAUCUCCUUGCAGAGGGGCCUCGGCUGUGGUUUUUCGGACAGAAGGAGAAUGUUGGCUGUUUGACUGUGGUGAGGGUACGCAGACUCAGUUCAUGAAAAGCCCUCUUAAAGCAGGUAGAAUUACCAAGAUUUUUAUCACUCAUCUUCAUGGAGACCAUCUGUUUGGACUUCCUGGCUUCCUGUGUACAGUUAGUCUCCAGGCUGGCUCUAAUCCAUCCAAGCAGCAUGUAGACAUCUAUGGUCCUGUGGGAUUAAGGAACUUUGUCCACAUGAGUUUGGAAACCUCCCACUCACAGCUAGUCUUCCCGUAUUCCGUCCACGAGUUGGUCCCUUCAGAAGACCAGUGUCCAGCAGAAGAGUUUAAAGACCUCUCAAGAUACGGAGAAAAGAAUGGUCCUUCCUUGGAAGAGCAGACUCUUCAUGCAGAUCCCAGUGACGGGACUUACCAGCUCUUGGAAAACGACCAGUUUGUUGUUCGAGCAUUCAAGCUUCAUCAUCGUAUUCCAUCAUUUGGGUUUGUGAUUGCUGAGAAGGACCGGCCAGGCAAACUCAAUGUGAACAAGCUAAGAGAACUUGGUAUUCAGCCUGGUCCUAUUUAUGGCAAGCUUAAACUCGGCUCUUCUGUUACACUAGACAAUGGACAAACUAUCCAUCCAUCCAUGGUCCUAGGGGACCCCGUGCCAGGAAGGAAAGUUUGCAUACUUGGAGACUGCUCAGGUGUCACCUCAUUGGGGGCUGCUAAGCUUUGCCAGGAUGCUGACCUCCUCAUUCAUGAAGCGACACUAGAUGACGAUCAGAUGGACAAAGCCAAGGAACAUGGUCACAGCACGCCCAAAAUGGCGGCUGAGUUUGCAAAUUCCUGCCGAGCAAAGAAGCUGGUUCUGACUCACUUUAGUCAGAGGUUCAAGCCUCCAGGACUGAUCACGGAAGGGGAUGACGAUGUGACCAUACUUAAGACUCAAGCGGAAAGCUUUUUGGUGGGACCGGAAGUUCACUUAGCAGAGGACUUUUUAACUGUCACAAUUCCAAUGAAAAAAACAGAUUAGGGUAACGGUCUCAC